AAGUUUCUAAGGUCGAAGGGCAAAUCAAGUCACAUGACAGAUCUGGCGCGAAAACACCACGUCUUCAACAAUAAGACCUUACUAGUUUUACGGGAUUUGCAGUCUGAUCGAAACGGUGAAAAUCCUCCUAAUUUAAGGCAUGGAUGUCGCCGAUCAACGUACCGGUACUACACAAGUUAAGGACGAUCUGGCUGAAAGAUGUCAGAAAUUGUUUCAAGACUUUCUCGAGGAAUAUACGGUGGAUGGUGAAGUGAAAUACUUACCAGAUGUACAAGAAUUGAUCAGACCGGAAAGAAACACUUUAACUGUGAGUUUUGAUGAUGUGCAAAGCCAUAAUCAACAACUAGCCACAACAAUACAGGAAGAGUAUUACAGGGUGUACCCAUACAUAUGCCGUGCUGUGUGUAACUUUGCAAGAGACAGAGCACAGGUUCCACCAAAUAAAGAGUUCUAUGUUGCAUUUGAAGACGUACCAACAAGGCACAAAGUACGUGAGCUGACGACUGCUAAGAUUGGUACCUUAAUACGCAUCAGUGGUCAAGUUGUACGUACACAUCCGGUACAUCCGGAGUUGGUAACAGGAACAUUCAUAUGUCUGGAUUGUCAGUCAACUAUUAAGGAUGUGGAACAGCAAUUUAAGUAUACACAGCCAACAAUAUGUCGAAAUCCAGUUUGUGCCAACAGAAGUCGAUUUAUGCUUGAUGUAAACAAGUCGCGAUUUGUAGAUUUCCAGAAAGUUCGAAUACAAGAAACGCAGGCUGAAUUACCCAGAGGCAGUAUACCAAGAAGCGUGGAGGUAGUUCUGAGAGCUGAAGCAGUUGAGAUCCCUCAAGCUGGUGAUAAAUGUGACUUUACUGGUACACUUAUUGUAGUGCCUGAUGUAUCACAACUGAGCAUGCCAGGUGCCCGUGCUGAGACGUCCUCUAAAGUGCAUGGUAGUGAAAACAAUGAAAUGGAAGGCUUACGUGGAUUGAAAGCGCUUGGUGUGAGGGAUUUGAAUUAUAGACUGGCAUAUCUAGCAUGUAACGUCAGUGCAACAAACCCAAGAUUUGGCGGUAAAGACAUGCGUGGUGAUGAACUGACUGCAGAGAGUAUCAAAAAACAAAUGACUGAACAAGAAUGGCAGAAAAUCUAUGAAAUGAGUCGAGAUAAAAACCUUUACCAGAAUCUUAUUCAAAGUUUAUUUCCCACUAUUCAUGGAAAUGAUGAAGUGAAACGCGGUAUUCUAUUGAUGUUAUUUGGAGGUGUUCCCAAGACAACAACAGAAGGUACAAGUCUCCGUGGCGAUGUAAAUGUCUGCAUUGUUGGUGACCCAAGUACAGCUAAAAGUCAACUACUAAAGGCUGUGGAAGAGUUCAGCCCCCGUGCUGUGUAUACUAGCGGUAAAGCGAGUACUGCUGCCGGGUUAACGGCUGCUGUUGUCAAAGACGAGGAGUCCUACGAAUUCGUCAUUGAAGCGGGUGCUCUCAUGUUAGCCGAUAAUGGUGUUUGUUGUAUUGAUGAAUUUGAUAAGAUGGAUCCCAAAGAUCAAGUCGCCAUUCAUGAAGCAAUGGAACAACAGACUAUCUCUAUUACUAAAGCUGGUGUCCGGGCCACGUUGAAUGCCCGUACAUCCAUCCUAGCGGCAGCCAAUCCAAUCGGUGGUCGAUACGAUAAAUCUAAACCGCUAAAACAGAACAUCCAACUAUCUGCACCCAUCAUGUCCAGAUUUGAUCUCUUCUUUAUUCUUGUUGACGAGUGUAAUGAGGUAACUGACUACGCUAUAGCGCGGCGUAUUGUUGAUCUACACAGUCACAAUGAGGCUGCAGUGGAAAGGAAAUACAUGAUCGAAGACGUACAGCGUUAUAUGAUGUUUGCCCGCCAGUUCAGACCGAAAAUCAAUAAGGAAUCGCAAGACUUUAUGGUGGAGGAGUAUCGACGAUUACGUCAGCGGGAUACCAAUGGCGUGACUAAGUCGUCGUGGAGGAUUACAGUACGUCAGUUGGAAAGCAUGAUACGACUGUCUGAGGGCAUGGCUAGGAUGUAUUGUCAGGAUGAGGUACAACCUAAACAUGUGAAAGAGGCAUUUCGUUUAUUGAAUAAAUCCAUCAUACGAGUCGAGUCCCCCGUCAUCAAUUUUGAAGAAGAGGAAGAAGAUCAGAAUGCAGAUGAUGAAGAGUUGGAAGAGAUGGAAACAGAGGAUGCUGGGAAGGCUGUUAGUCAACAAGAAGAUCAACCAAGCAAAAAGGGAAUGCGAAUGACAUUUGAAGAAUACAAAACAAAAGCUAACUUAUUGGUUUUGUACAUGAGACAGCAGGAGGAACAGUUAGAAGAGUCAGGUGAUGACGAGGGCGGUGUGCGACGUAGCGCUCUGGUUGAAUGGUAUUUGAAAGAAAUGGAGACUGAUAUUGAGACUGAAGAAGAGUUAUUACAGGAAAAGGUUAAAGUUGAGAAAGUAAUUGACAGACUGGCACAUCACGAUCAAGUUUUGAUAGAAUUGUCAAAGACUGGACUAAAGCAGAAAAAACAUGACACCGAAUCUGAAGAACAAAUCCAGGAGGAUGACCCCUUUUUGGUUGUGCAUCCUAACUAUGUGUUAGAUGUUUAAACAAUUGAUACUGCAAUUGUCAAAGAAAUGAGCACCAAGAAAAAGCGAUGAUGCAAUCAGUCAGUCAAUCAUGAUCAGAAAAGCAGCAUGGCAGGUGCUAUUUACACGGCUUAAGUUUUGAAAGCUGUGUGAUGCACAUAGACUUGAGGAUUCCAUAAAUUCAUCUCUCGACUGAACCUACCAGUGGUUUGAAUUGUUGACUGGGAAAAUUACUGAUAUCUUGCAUUCAAAACAACUGCCACCAGCUCGGUUUAAAUCCUCUGGUUUUCAUAAUCGUGGCAUUGCAAUCAUGCAAGCCAAAUAUAACAAUGCAUUCAUCUAUCUCCCCCCCCCCCCACCCAUUCAUUUCUUGUUACUCAAUAUUCAACAUUAAAUUUCAUGUAAUGAAGUUAAACAUUUUUAAUAUGAAAUUCACACUGUCACUGUCACGGUUAUGUUACAUUUCAGUUUAGUAUAUUUGGGCUACUUGACUGCCAUUUUACCAGGAAUUAAAACUUGAUCCGAUUUAUAGUAAUUCUCAUUUAUAAAAUUCAUUGA